AUGGCCCUGCGCCACUGCGCCGCCUUUGUGCCAGGGGUCUUCUCCCUGCCGCCGCAGCUGCUGGCGCGCGCGCAGCUGUCGUGGCGGCAGCAGAAGCAGGCGCCGCUGGUGUCGCAGCUGCAGCGGACGGUGUACCACGCGUUCCGGCCGUGGGUCAAGGUUGACCACGUUGAACUGGAGUACCGCAGCGCGGCGGAGAACUUCUCAUCAGUCGACAUGCUGGUGCGCCACAGGGGCGCGGCCCUGGCUCUGGAGGUGGACGGCCCGUGGCACUUCACCGCCAACCAGCCCUACAAGCGCCUGGGCUCAACGCUGCUACGAGACAGGCUGCUUGCCGCAGAGGGCUUCACGGUCGUGUCGGUCCCCUUCUACGAAUGGGAGGCUCUGACGAGCAACCAGGCGCGCGGUGCGUACCUGCAAGCCAAGCUGGACGCCGCGGCUGACGCGGCGGCGGCGGGCGGCAGGCGGCGCGCCGGGUAG